AUAUAGAUAGAUAUAUUAACAUUGACCGAAGGUGGUGGUUGUGCGGAGGUGCAGCCGUGUUGAGGUUCCAACGCCCGCCAAACAAGCACAAACCAUGUUUCAAACGUUUACCCCCAAGGACACGGUCCAUGUUCCAUAACGCAAAUGGCCAAUGUUAUUUAGUUAUUUUUAAUUUACUAAAAGUAAAAGGCCUCCUAUUUUAUUUCUUAAUCCCUUCCCAACCGAAGAAAGAAGGAAAUGGAAGAGCUUGACCACAAGCUGGAUCCCUGAAGAUUUAUUUUAUAAUUAAUGGCAUCGGGCGAUGAGAAUGUGAAGACGGCUUCCUUAAAAGUCUUCUGUGUAUCCAUCCUUCCAUUUGUCUAAAAAAAAAAAAAAAAAAAAAAAAAAAGAAAACGAAAUCAAGUCCCCUCUCGGCCUCAUCCCCCAAAUCCUGUUGUUUGUUUCGUUUAUCCGAAAUCUUGGAAAUGGAAGCGGUGGCCUCUGAUGUUCCCCGACCCCGGCUGACGAAGAAACCCUCUUCUUCGUCUUCGUCGUUCAGGCUUCGGUGCCCGAGCCUGAACUCCCUUCGCCUGCGUCGCAUAUUUGACAUGUUCGACAAGAACGGGGACGGGAUGAUAACGGCGGAGGAGCUGGGUCAAGCUCUGGGGCUUCUUGGGUUGGAUGCUGAUGAAUCGGAGCUGGAUUCGACGGUCAACUCCUUCAUAAAACCGGGAAAUGUGGGUCUUAGGUUCGAAGACUUCGCAGCCCUGCACCAGUCGCUAAAUGACACGUAUUUUGCGGGAAUGGUGGAGGAUGAGGAUGAGAAGAGGGAAACAAGUAUGUCGUCGAUGUCGCAGGAAGAAUCGGAUCUAUCGGAGGCAUUCAGGGUAUUCGACGAGGAUGGAGAUGGCUACAUAUCCGCCACCGAACUCCAAGUGGUUCUAAGAAAGCUGAGAUUGGCGGAGGGGAAUGAGAUCGACAGGGUUCAGAAGAUGAUUUUGUCGGUUGACCGCAAUCAGGAUGGCCGGGUUGAUUUCUUCGAAUUCAAGGACAUGAUGCGCAGUGUUAUCGUCCGGAGUUGUUGAUUCGCUCGACGCCCCAUGUUCUGUUCUGUUUCCACUCUCCCAGUCCAAACACCUCUCUCGGGUCUCUCGUCGAUCAUCGUCUCAGCCCCUUUCCAAAUUUCUAUUUUCUUUUCCUCCUUUGCUUUGCCUUUUCUAUGCAACUCGUCAACCACACCCAAUAUUCUUCCUCCCCUUCAACCAUCUAUUGUAUUAUUAAUAAUCAAUCAUUAAUUAGUUCAUGCUCAAAAGAAUCCACAUUAUUAUUAUUUCAUAAUUAAUUCAUGUUCACCCUCCUCCCUCCACCCUCCACCCUGGGUCUGGCUUCUCUAUGACUUAUCCCCAAUGCCUUUGCCUCUCUGUUAUUUCAAAUAUUGCGGACUCUUAUUUCCGCUUCAAUCAAUAAAUAUAUACAUCUUGUUCUCUUCUAAAA